UCAUUUAAGAACCCGUCCAGAAGACCUAUACAAUUUUUUUCUUUUUGAUUAAUGUAUUGAUUUUUCUUUUCCCCCUCAUGUUAUAAGCUUUAAGCAAAUCUUUUUUGUAGCAUGUGUUACGCAGUUUCAUUWCUGGUGUUGCUGACAACAAAUGCUGCUGUAAUGUUGACAGUCAGUUGCCUCUAUGGCAACCACUGACCAUCUGAUAUUCUGCCAGUGUUCAACUAAAGGGCAAGUCUGUGAAAAACUGAAUUCUGAUAUCGGUGCAUUCAGUUGAAGUUCUUGAAAAGUGGUCUUCCCAUAUGUCAGCUGCCCUUUGGCUGUUUGURAACAGUGUUAUGUUGCAUGAGUUUUUCUAUGAGAAUAAAAGACUCGGACUCCACCUCCAACUGUCUGUCWGCCCAAGACAAGAUACAGUCAGCAAAUAUUAGAGGAGGAUGACAAGUGCUUUAGACCUUUUYCUGCAGAGCUGCAGAGAAGGUAAAAAGGUUUUGGUCGACAAAGGAAUACAUCUUGAACUUUUUGCAGAGAGUACUUUUCUUUUUAAUACGUGAAGCAAUAACAGGCUUUGCACCUGAGACACUCUCGCUGACAACCUUGAGUGUUUUGUCUGUGGAUCUUUUCAAAAGCUUUUUUUUCUUUUUUUGGAUCGGGGCAGUCGACAGGGAUGCUACUUUAACUUAGGUGUGACAGUUGGGACAAAGUCAACAAGAAAAGCUCAGCAAUCAUGGAGAAUUCAAUUCAAACUUAUUAAAUACGAUAUUCGUGAAAGCUGCAAGAUUUUCAUUGAUGGGAAGGUAACUAUGGCUGAAAAACAAAACCAAUAUCAUCCUCCAAUGGUGACAAAAACUCAUUGGAAGAAACCCACCAGUGUAAGUAGUUUUAUUUUUGAGAAAAUAUCGGAGUAAAAGACAAACUGUAGUACAAGUGAAAUGCAGUUUAAAGUGCUAUAAUUGCAAAACUCAAAAAGAUAUCUAUUUUUUAACUGAUUAGCCAAAGAGAACAGUGUCUUAAUGGGGUUUAUUUAAUAAGAGCAGUUAAAAUGUAAAUUUUUGCGGCUCAUGCAAUUUUAAUUUAAGCUCAAAGAUACCGCUCAGUACAGCUCAUCCUAUUCUGAUCUCUGUUUGGAGUCAYGGUUAUUUACUUACAGGGUUUGUGGCAGACUGUUGUUUGCACAUGGUGGAGGACUUUACUCAUUCUCACACAAAGCCAAGACAUGAUUGCUCUGUACACAAAGUGUUUGUGUCAGGCUCUGCAGGUUGAAGCUUUUCAGCCUCUCUUUUAACCACGCAGGCCUCAGACAUCCACAGUUGUCGUUUGCUGCUUUUGAGGAACUUCUUUACUGAUGCCGUGCUCAGGUUGUGCACGUGGUUAUUUAAAUAUAAUAUUAGAAGAAGUUCAGUUAURAGGAGUUGUACAUGUGGAAUUAAAAUGUGACAAACUUCACAAGAGAGACAGGAUUGAUCUGCAAAAAGGUAAAAUGUUGAUUGAAAUUAAUGUAUUUCUUGACAGCUGAUGUAACAUCAGAGGGUUUGAGCGGUAAAAAAAGCAGUAGUUGCUCAAAACAGAUUAACAUCACUCAAUACAGCUGGGUUUUUUUAAUCUAAAUUUGGUAAAUUUAUGAAUUUCUGCAGACAUUUUAAAAGGCAUGUAAUAAAACUGUCUGAUCUUUUAUAAAGAAUGAUUGAAAUCUUAUAAGCUCUCUCUGUAAUUGUGUUAGCUCUGUGCAGUUCACUGCUUAUAGACUUUUAUGUUUGAGUCCAGUUCUACCACAUGCCAGCACAGUUUACCAAAGUGGUUUGUUUGUAACUUCUGCAGCUGAACCUGUUUGGGAUCAGAUGGCGGCCCAACAAUGCGUGUGUUUAAACUUACUGCUCAAGCUUUGUCCAUUUACAACACCUGUAGCAUAAGUGCCAAGACUGCAGUAAAAGAAUGAAAACUGUUGAAAAGAAGAUUAAGGCAAUGCAGAAUUCAGAACCAGUGUUAUGAUUCCUGAGUCCCAAACAUGAAGCAAACACAAUUUAGAGCCUGAUCUACUAAGAUCCCAAAUAACACGUGUUAAAUUGUGUGUGCAAAAUUUUAAAAAUGCAUGUUAUUAGUGGGUGUGUUGCAGGCGAUCCAGUCAUAUUGCUGCACAAAUGAUAACKGAUGCAAAAGUGGUGCGGACCACCCUGUUGAAAUGAGGAUUAUGAGUGAGCUACUGGCUGUCACCAUGGAGAGUUUGGGAAAGCAGAGUGGCUAUAAAAGAAAAAUGAAGAUUGAAGCCAUGGAGUUGACAUGAAAUGAUCCAGAUGCAAGAAAAUACAGUGUUGCAAGGAGUUUUUCCAUAGGAUAUAUGGCUUCUGUUUGGGACAGUCGGCCCUUAGAUCAUCCAGCAGCUCAAAAAUGUCAUUGCUGAAUAGACAAAAUGUCUCUAAAUUCAUUAUUUCUGACCAAAUAUGUCAACAUGCGCACAGAACAUUCUCUCUCACCUGUCAUCGUAUCCAUACCUCCUUUUUACCUUUCUCCCAUCUUGCAAAUUUGCUAAAUAUAGACACAAAAACAGCAAAUGCAGUCAGUUUCAGSUUUGAAAAAAUCAYAUUGCUGUGCUCAAUCAUUACAUUUGCAUAUCCUCAAUAUUUUGCAUGUUGUAAUAAUAAUCACAUAUUCUGCACAUUCAUGAGCUACUAUUUUGCUGAUUUGACAGAUGCAAUCCUUGGUGCACUGCACAUGAUUAGUAKAUCAGCUUUGUKMGCRCAUAUUUUACACAUGCAAAUCUUUAGCAGAUCAGGCCCUAAAUGUGUUUGUCACCAGAUGAUCCAAACAGUUUUCUGUAAACUUUUGCAACCAAAAAAUGAACUCAGAACUGUCAUCUCCUCUCUCCAGAACACAGAUUUAUUUGAAAUGAUUGAAAAGAUGCAGGGCAGCAGGAUGGAUGAGCAAAGAUGCAGUUUUCCUCCAACUCUCAAGACUGAAGAGGAUUAUAUUCCAUAUCCAAGUGUCCAUGAGGUGCUGGGGAGGAAGAGCCCCUUUCCUCUCAUCCUGCUGCCACAGUUUGGUGGUUACUGGAUCGAGGGGACCAACCAUGAGCUGAGCGAGGCCGAGCUGCCCCGGCCUCCAUCCCCAGACACUCGCACUAAACUAGAAUGUAACACAACAGCGAUGCUCUUCAGGAAACACUUCCUGGGAAAGGAGCACUUUAAUUACUAUUCAGUGGACAGUAACCUCGGACAUCUGGUGUUCUCUAUAAAAUACGAUGUGAUCGGUGACCAGGAACAUCUCCGGCUCAUGCUCAGGACCAAGCUGAAAACCCAUCAAGACGUGAUCCCCAUUUCCUGUCUGACAGAGUUUCCUAAUGUGGUCCAAAUGGCCAAACUUGUCUGUGAAGAYGUCAACGUGGACCGCUUUUAUCCCGUCCUUUAUCCUAAAGCGUCAAGGCUUAUUGUCACGUUUGAUGAACAUGUGAUAAGCAACAAUUUCAAAUUCGGAGUUAUCUACCAGAGGUUUGGGCAGACUUCAGAAGAGGAGCUGUUUGGCAACAGCGAAGAGAGUCCUGCCUUUGUAGAAUUCCUGGAGUUUCUGGGAGAGAAAAUUGAACUCCAUAACUUUAAAGGCUUCCGAGGAGGGCUGGACGUGACUCAUGGGCAGACUGGCACAGAAUCCAUCUACUGCAACUACUGCAACAAGGAGGUCAUGUUCCAUGUGUCCACAAAGCUGCCUUACACAGAGGGGGACACCCAGCAGUUGCAGAGGAAAAGGCACAUAGGGAAUGACAUUGUGGCCAUUGUUUUCCAAGAUGAAAACACUCCCUUUGUUCCAGACAUGAUAGCAUCAAACUUUCUCCACGCUUACAUCGUGGUCCAAGUGGUCAACCCCUGCACUGAAAAUGUCCUCUACAAAGUGUCGGUGACAGCGAGGGAUGAUGUUCCUUUCUUUGGCCCAGCCCUCCCAAACCCUCCUGUUUUUAAGAAAGGUCCUGAAUUCCAUGAAUUCCUUUUUACCAAGCUAAUCAAUGCAGAGUAUGCAUGUUACAAAGCGGAGAAAUUUGCUAAAUUGGAGGAGCGAACAAGAUCGGCGUUACUUGAGACUCUUUAUGAGGAGCUCCACGUGAACAGCCAGGCUAUAAUGGGAGUGGGAGGAGAGGAGGACAAGAUUGAAAAUGGGAGUGCAGGAGGAGGGGGCUUCUUUGAGUCCUUCAAGCGGGUGAUGCGCAGUAGGAGCCAGUCAAUGGAUGCCGUGAGUCUAACUUUCAAGAAGCCGCACACAAUCUCCUCUACUGUGAGCAGCACCUUUAACCACAGCACCACAGAGAGCCCCAAAUUCCCUGGUAUAUCACUGCUUGUCCCAGGCAAAAGUCCCAGUAAAUAUGGACGCCGAGGCAGUGCCAUAGGGAUAGGAACAGUAGAAGAGUCUUUGAUAAUUCCAGGAAAAAGCCCAACCAGGAAAAAGUCUGGUCCGUUCAGCUCCAGGCGAAGCAGUGCCAUUGGUAUUGAAAACAUCCAAGAAGUCCAAGAGAGAAGCAGCAGAGAUCCAUCUCCAAAUACUCAGAAGACUCCUGACAGUGGCCAUGUUUCUCAAGAUCCAAAGUCUGAUAACUCAGACCAGAGUUCUCCAGAAGUCCUCACAACCGCCAAGAACAGUUCUUAUUUUUGUGGUAGGACCCCAUCCAUCCCUGAGGCCCACGACCUCUCCCGCUCCUCCUCCAAYGCCAGCAGCUUUGCCAGCGUCGUGGAGGAGAACGAGACGGAGGCGGCGGAGGACUAUGACACCGGCAUGGAGAGUCUGUCGUCUGCCGGGACGCCUCACAAACGGGACUCCCUCACCUACAGCACGUGGCUGGAGGACAGCAUCAGCUGCACGAGCAGCAACAGUCGUGGCAGCUCCCCAGGACCUGGGAAACCUGAUCGAGGGAAGACCAGCGACGUCCGGAUCAAACUGGAGCGAUCUCAUGAUAAUCAGUCGUCAAACUGUUAGCUUUACCCACCUGAUUUUCUCCUGAUUCUUCAUCUUCAGCAACCCCAAAGUCACGCUCCGCCCGGGAGAAGAAAAACAAUCAUUUGACCCGACCUGUGCAGAGAAGGACAACGAUGAUGAAGAUGAGUCCAGAGGAAGGUCGUCCAGUCGGCUGCUCAGGGAGGACGUUUCCAGGAAACCUGCAGGGCACUAAAGGAGGGGGACGCACAAAAAGGGGCCAGCUUGUUCACAAUGUUGUUUCCUUCCAACUCUUUUCUUUGCCUGGCCACACAUCUGUUGCCUCGUUAUACAUUUUUCUACCUGACCUUUCAGUUUUUCCAAAGUGCACAUUCAAACUCUGAAUAUAAAUGUUAUAUUUGUAAAAUACUUUGUUUUUAGUUUGUCUUGCUGAACGUCAUUGUCCUGUCUGCUGAGUGUGUCAGGACAGCUGCAACAUGAAGGUAACUUAUUGAACUAUUUGCUUAAUAAAGUUGAUGAAUAAUGAAGUUUUUAAUAUAAGAAAAAACAUUUUUUAGACUGCAUGCUUCUAAAGUAAAACAAAAAAAAGAGUUAUGCUAAAGCAUUUCUUUUGUUGUUCUCUGCAAGCUURGCUUUGAAAUGACUUCAAGAAGCAUCUCAAAAAUUGGCCUUGAUGUUUUCAUCUGUUUUUGUCCUAUAAUUUAAAUGAUUUUCCUUUUUUUUACUGUUUCAUUGCCAAAAAUGAUACAACWUAGAUUCAAUUUGAAACAAAUAUACUCUGAAGCAUUUAAGAGACAGUAGUGUGAUAAAACUGGUGGCAUUGUCUGCUGUACUUCAUCGUCUGUGUGAUCCUCUAAUAUAAUAAUCACUCAGUAAUAUGACCGCUCGCUGUCGUGUCUAUUGAACCACCUGUCUCUUUUUUUACUCUCUUUAAUAUGUUUUUAUUUAUUGAUUUGUUUCCUGGUAAAAAUGGCAAAUAAUCUGUUUGACUGUUCCUUUGUGGUGACUCCGUUGCAUUCUGCUUGUACAUGUUGCUUUGACAUGAAUAAUACUGUUAUGUGUAAAAGCUGUUUGUUGGGUCACAUCUUGUUCAGUGCUGUAAAUUUGCAAUGCAAAUAGGAUUGAACUGUGUAUAUGUAUUUGCUGUAAAGGUGGUUAAAAAAACUCUAAGCGCAACUACUGAUUUGUAAAUAGACAUUACUUUGGAGUACAUAGUGUAUAAUAUAAAUCCAAAAGAUUUGAAAUCGGGUGGAGCAACAUGUUGAAAUUACUGCCAGUUUAUGAUUUUUUUCUUGUUUUCUUUCCUGGUUUUAGAUUAGAUUUUGAUAGAGUUUUGUAGAGUUUAUUUUUAAAGCUGUUCAGACUGUUCUGUAAAAGGAGAGAGCCCCACACUACAUCCCGUUGGUCAUUUCAGUUGCCUUAUGUCACACGUUGAUGGUGUAAUUAAAGCCAGUAAAAAGUCAUCAGGAUUUACAAGGAAAUGAAUGUUUUGUUUUUGCUUGUUUUUACUGUAAAUAAAAUGCCCUGAGACGUUUACA